AGAUUCAAAUGACUACCAAUUGAGUGACUACCACUCGUAUACUUGGUACAAUUUUUAAAACCAACAUCGACCAGAAGUCAUAGAUAUGAAUCUACUAUUGGCCAGACAAUUGUGAGUAGAAAAAGUUUAUCUGGACUUCAAUGUCAUCAUGUUCAUGUAUGUGUACUCUGAAACCGUAUUUUUUGAAGAGUUGUUGUAUCCUAGCAUAACUCGUUUUUUCUUUAUACAAUUUCAGCUCCCCAAGUCCCCAACAGAUCUGACUAACGCAUUUGUCGUCGGAUGUGGAGCAGCGUCCCUAUCCCCGCCUCUAUCGUUCCUCUCAACUCGCUGCAAGCAGGUCACCGUCACCUGUUUCGCCUCUGCCGAUUUCUUCCAGACCGCAACCCCGACGCCGUCACUACGUCUGAAAAAAUUCAACUGAAAACAACUUAUUCGUGCCUCAUAUAUCUGUACAAUGGAUAGGAUGGACUCAACUCGAGUAUUUGUCAAGGACGUUAAGCGCAUUGUCGUCAAGGUUGGGACUUCUGUUGUCACUCGAUCUGAUGGAAGGUUAGCACUUGGAAGGCUAGGAGCACUCUGUGAACAGAUUCAAGAGCUCAAUUCUCAAGGUUAUGAAGUUAUACUAGUGACAUCAGGGGCUGUAGGCGCUGGUCGUCAACAGCUUAGAUAUAGGAGAUUGGUUCACAGCAGUUUUGCGGAUCUUCAAAAGCCACAAGUUGAGCUUGAUGGGAAGGCUUGUGCAGCAGUUGGACAAAAUGGCUUAAUGGCUUUGUAUGAUUCUUUAUUCAGUCAGUUGGACAUUACAUCAGCUCAACUUCUUGUUACGGACAAUGACUUCAGAGACCCAAACUUCAGGAUGCAGCUUAAUGAGGGAGUAAAUUCAUUGUUGUCUCUGAAAGUCAUACCUAUAUUCAAUGAAAAUGACGCUAUUAGUACACGUAAAGCUCCCUAUGAGGACUCUUCGGGUAUAUUUUGGGACAACGACAGUCUAGCAGCUCUACUGGCUUUGGAGUUAAAAGCUGAUCUUCUGGUACUAUUAAGUGAUGUAGAGGGUCUCUACAGUGGCCCUCCUAGUGAUCCUCACUCAAAGUUGAUUCAUACAUAUGUCAAGGAGAAGCAUGAAGGGGAAAUUACUUUCGGUAACAAGUCUAGAGUGGGAAGAGGGGGUAUGACUGCCAAAGUAAAAGCUGCAGUUUACGCAGCUUAUGCUGGAGUCCCUGUUGUCAUCACGAGUGGUUUCGCUGAUGCCAACAUUAUCAAAGUACUACGUGGGGAGCGUAUCGGUACACUCUUUCAUCAUGAUGCUAACAAAUUGGAUCCAGCUUUAGAUGUUGGUGCACGCGAAAUGGCUAUUGCAGCCAGGGAAUGUUCCAGGCGGCUACAGGCACUUGCUCCACAAGAAAGGAGACAAAUAUUGCUGGAUAUAGCUGACGCACUGGAAGCGAAUGAAAAAGUGAUACUCAGUGAGAACAAAGCAGAUGUAUCUGCUGCCCAGCAAGAUGGUUAUGAUAAUUCGUUGAUAUCUCGGUUGGCCCUAAAGCCCGAAAAAAUCUCAAAUCUUGCAAAGUCAGUACGUGUGCUUGCAGAGAUGAAUGAACCAAUCGGUCGCAUUUUAAAGAAAAUAGAGAUCACUGAUGGUUUCAUUUUGGAGAAGACGUCAUCUCCAUUGGGUGUUCUUUUGAUUAUCUUUGAGUCGCGCCCUGAUGCACUUGUUCAGAUUGCUUCACUAGCAAUUCGGAGUGGCAAUGGACUUUUACUGAAGGGUGGAAAAGAGGCCAAAAGAUCAAAUGCAAUCUUGCACAAGGUUAUUACGUCAUCCAUCUCAGAAAGUGUGGGUGAGAGACUUAUUGGACUUGUUACUUCUAGAGAAGGGAUCCCUGAAUUGCUCAAGCUUGACCUUGUAAUUGAUCUUGUUAUCCCAAGAGGCAGCAAUAAACUUGUUUCGGAAAUCAAGUCUUCUACAAAAAUCCCAGUUCUUGGUCAUGCUGAUGGAAUCUGCCACGUUUAUGUUGAUAAAUCUGCUAACAUGGAUAUAGCAAAGCGUAUUGUGUUGGAUGCAAAAACAGAUUAUCCUGCAGCAUGCAAUGCAAUGGAAACACUUCUUGUGCACAAUGACUUGGUGAAGAAUGGUGGACUUAAUGAUCUGAUCAUGGAACUUCAGACAAAAGGCGUGACUAUAUUUGGAGGACCAAAAGCAAGCAAGAUCCUAAAUAUUCCAAUGGCUGAUUCAUUACAUCAUGAAUAUAGUUCUCUGGCUUGCACUGUGGAAAUCGUUAAGGAUGUAUAUGCUGCCAUUGAUCAUAUACAUCAACAUGGAAGUGCCCAUACUGACUGUAUUAUCACUGAAGACAAUGAAGUUGCCCAAGUGUUUUUACAUCAAGUUGACAGUGCUGCUGUAUUCCACAAUGUAAGCACAAGAUUUUGUGAUGGCUUCCGCUUUGGACUUGGCGCAGAGGUGGGGAUUAGUACAAGUAGAAUUCACGCAAGAGGUCCUGUAGGCGUUGAAGGAUUGCUAACAACACGAUGGAUUGGAAGGGGAAAUGGCCACGUGGUGAAUGGGGACAAAGAAAUAAUAUACACUCAUAGGGACCUCAGCUGAGUUUUCAGGCCAUUGCAGUGGAUAGCUUUUUGUUCUGCAGAUGCUUCGCUCCCUAGUUGACAGUGCAUUUUUGUGAAGAGAAUCUCUGGAUAUGCUGAACCACCGUCGCCAGCUAUUUUGGUGCCCUAGAUAAAAACAAAAUAUCUAUCAAAUCUAAGAAACUAUAUACACAUAUGUUUAUAUAUACAUAUAUAUCUUCAUGUCAGGUGAUGGAUUGGGGUUCACAAUGUUUUGUACGAGUACAUAACUAAUCCAUUACAUAAUUUAUUUAUGAGAUUUAGUUGUGAGAGGAAUAUUGAAUACGAUAUUGUCGUGCAUGUGUUUUAUUUUAAUGAUUAGCACUUCAUUUAAUAACAUUA